CUUUCCCAUCCACGCACCGCUACUGCGCCUUCUUGCCUACAUAUUCAAGGCCUUGUGCCUAUAAUCAGGACUUAAGUUCCAACAAUCCCCGCGCCCGCAACACAUCCAACGAGCAUGGCUCCCGCUAAAUCCGGCCAGAGUGAUAACAUUCAGCCAGCACUGCCGCGUCAGGAUCAAACAGACCAAGGUCCAACACCUUGGGCCAAUUAUACAGAGCAGACUGAGCAGGCCAUGAAACAAGAGGGUGUCGUGGCUAUCGUUACGCCUGGAAAUAGUACCAUCACGAUCUCAGAGCAACAAAAGGCCGACUUGCAAAAGGCUACGGACUUGGCUCGGUACCAGCCAUUGCCAGAUGAUGAUGACGCCGAUUUUGCCAAUGAGCCCCAGGCUGAGCAGCCCAUGGAACAAGAGGUUGUUGUGGCUAUCAUGAGGCCUGGGGAUAGUAGCAUCGCGAUCUCAGAUCAAGAAAGGUCCGAGUACGAAGAGCGCGCGCGCUUGGCUCGGUACGAACCAUUACCAGAUGAAGACGAUUUUGCCGAUGAGCCCCUACCAAAGCCUUACGACCCGGAGUCAGCCACCGUCUAUGAAUGGGCUAAGCCAGAAGCGUGGAUUCAGGAGAAAGAUAGCGAAGGACGGACACUGUGGCGCAAUAAAUUCACGGCGUUUAUUAGAUACUCGAGACCAUGGGGCUUCCUAGACCAGGAUGGAAACCGCAGCGCCGCGGCCGCCGAGCGACAUGACAUUCCUGAGCCCAGAGACCACGGGUCAGAAGGAAUUGUGAGAAAGUGAAAGGAUUCGAGGAAUCCAACAUACUGCGCCAAAGAGAAAGCUCAUAGGAUAUCAAUGUUAUUAUCGUGUUUCCUUGUAGUCGCUCCUUUUUGUGCCUAUCUAUAGAAUGCCAAGGUUGGUAAGUGUGAGGUUGUGUCAAGACCAUACAUUUUUGUUGUGUCUGCUUCAAAACAUUCUAUAUUAAU